CAACGAGCACGAGCCACAGAAGCAACAACAGUCCGGAGAAACGCUGUAUUCCGCCUGUCGUCCCUUUAACUCACUAAAACUAACAAAGUCUGACUUAAACAGCAGCCAUGAAGCAGCACAGUAGUUUUGUCGUGUGGCUGCAACUUUUCUCUGCUUGUCUGGUGUUCGGUGUGAACGGUGAUUACUGUCAAAUAAACGUGUGCAGUAAUGGUGGAACCUGUGUGAUCGGGGCAGGAGCUCCGUUCAUCUGCAUCUGCCAUGAUGGCUUCUCUGGAGACACCUGCAAUGAGACUGAGACUGGGCCCUGCCACCCCAACCCGUGCAAGAAUGAUGGCACCUGCGAGUUGACGGGCCAAACCCGCCGCGGGGACGUCUUCAGCGAGUACGUCUGCCAGUGCCCGCCAGGCUUUGACGGAGUCCACUGCCAGACCAACGUGAACGACUGCGCCGCCCAGCCAUGCAAGAACGGAGGCACCUGCAGGGACCUGGAGGGAGACUUCAAAUGCCACUGCCCGUCCCCUUAUGUGGGCAAACAAUGCCAACUGCGCUGCAUCUCUCUGCUGGGCAUGGAGGGGGGGGGCAUCGCUGAGUCCCAGAUCUCCGCCUCCUCAGUGCGGUACAGCAUGCUGGGUCUGCAGCGCUGGGGGUCCGAGCUUGCCCGCCUGCACAACAAGGGGAUCGUGAACGCCUGGAGCGCCGCCGCACACGACAAGAACCCGUGGAUUCAGAUCAACCUGCAAAGUAAGAUGCGCUUCACUGGUAUCGUGAUGCAGGGCGCAAGUCGCAUCGGAACUUCUGAGUUUGUCAAGUCCUUCAAGGUGGCCUCCAGUCUGGAUGGCAAGACGUACACCAUGUACAGGACCGACGGACAGAGGAAGGACAAUAUAUUUGUGGGAAACGUGGACAACGACGGCACCAAGACCAACCUGUUCGACCCCCCCAUCAUCGCCCAGUUCAUCCGCAUCAUCCCUGUGGUCUGUCGCAAGGCCUGCACCAUGCGCAUGGAGCUGGUGGGCUGUGAGCUCAACGUCUAUUCAAACUCUUUAGGUUGCUCAGAGCCCAUGGGCAUGAAGUCCCGGCUGGUGACCAACCGCCAGAUCACGUCGUCCAGCACCUUCCGCACCUGGGGCAUGGAGGCGUUCACCUGGUACCCCCACUACGCCCGUCUGGACAAACAGGGCAAGACUAACGCCUGGACCGCCGCCACCAACAACCAAUCAGAGUGGCUCCAGGUUGAUCUCGGGUCUACCAAGAAGGUCACGGGGGUCAUCACUCAGGGGGCCAAAGACUUCGGCUCCAUCCAGUUUGUCACAGCCUUCAAAGUGGCUUACAGUAAUAACGGGCGGUCCUGGACCAUUGUGAAGGACGAGACUACAAAGACAGACAGGAUCUUCCCAGGCAACAGCGACAACAACAUUCAAAAGAACAUCUUCGAGCCCUCGUUCUACGCCCGAUACGUCCGCAUCCUGCCGUGGGACUGGCACGAGCGCAUCACCCUGCGGAUGGAGCUCCUGGGCUGUGAAGAGUAGC